CCGCCAAUGAUUACAAGCAAGGCAAGUGCUUAAGUUCUCUGAAAGCUAAUUGACUUGAACAAGUUAAUAUUUGGACGUACAAUGAAAGCUCCAGCGGCAGCGCAGAUGUUGAUGUUCUUGUUGGUUGGCUUCACCAGCAGCACUAUACCGCCCGAUACCGAUGAUAUUUGCCGACUUUUUCCAGAUAAAACAGACGUUGCCGACCCAUCCUCAUGCAACCAUUAUAUCACCUGUAAUAAUUCAGUAUCGGAAUACACGCGCUGCGCUACAUCUACUCCGUACUUCGAUAAUUCCACUAUGAAGUGCACGAAAACAUUAUCUGAUGACCGUCACUGUCAGCUUUCUUGCUUGGAACAUGUGGGUCGAUUCAUUAGCGAUAAAACAACAUGUAAAGGCUAUUACUUUUGCCAGGAUGAGACUACGCCAAUCCACGGAAUAUGUCCAAAUGAUUUACAUUUUGAUUUCCAGGCUCAGUCUUGUGUCUAUAAAUCAAAAUCUAGCUGUACACUAAGAUCAUUUGACAUAUGUUCAGUUGUUAAGACCGAUACGAAAGUAGCUCAUGAAUCUGAUUGCCGUAAAUAUUAUCAAUGUACUAAAAGAGUUCUAACUCUUAAGAAUUGCGCAAGUGGUCAGUAUUAUAAUUCAACUGCUGGCGCUUGCUAUGAAAAGUGGAAAGUAAAUUGUCCGAAAAUUCCAUUCCCCGAUAACGUUUGUGGAACUGUUAAGACGCCCUUGAAGAACAAAUUCGUAACCGAUGAUGCCACAUGUCGUGGUUACUUCUAUUGUGCUGACAAAGGUUCUAUACCAGAUCCUGCACCUGUUUGGGACCAAUGCAAAAAUGAUACCUUUUUCGACACCGCUACAAGCUCUUGUGCAAACCCUUUGAAUGUAAAAUGUCCUACUGGUGCAGAUCGUUGCGAAGGUCGUUCACUAACGUUUGUGAGUGGCAGCGAAACAGGUUGUCGGCAAUAUCUACGAUGCCAAAAUGGCAAAACAGAGGAGGAGAAGAGCUGUGGCAACUACUUUUUCGAUGAAAAUUUGACCGCCUGUAUUUCUACACCAAUUACUUACACAUCUUGUGUUAGAAAAUGAUUAGUAUAAUAUAUGCACAUAUACAUAUGAUAUAUAG